GCCUCUGUCUCAGAGGGGGGAUGCAGAUAUUUGUGAAGACCUUGACUGGCAAGACCAUUACCCUUGAAGUAGAACCCAGUGACACCAUUGAGAAUGUCAAGGCAAAGAUCCAAGACAAAGAAGGCAUCCCCCCAGACCAGCAGAGACUGAUCUUUGCUGGGAAGCAGCUGGAAGAUGGUCGUACCCUGUCUGACUACAACAUCCAAAAAGAAUCCACCCUGCACUUGGUCCUGCGCUUGAGGGGAGGUGUCUAAUUCCCUCAAGAUUCUUUCAAAUUUUUGAGUAAUUUCACUGCACUUUUCUUUCAAUAAAGUUGUUGCA